AUGCUGCUUGAGUUGACAGCUCACAAACAGUUUAAGGCUUACUCUAUUAUGAAGUAAGUCAAUAAGUUAGUUACCAAUUUUAAGUCUAUAAUACUAUAAAGCAGUUUAAAAAGGAAUGAUCACUCUUGAAAGCUAAACUUUAAAAAGUUGUGAUACGAUCGUUUAGUGGUACCCGUUGCGCUUGGGACAUACCUGGCUGGAAUGACACCAAAAAUCGAGCUCAUUCUUACAUUAUGGGCAAGUACAUUAGUUUAAGUCCAGGCAAGGCGGUAAGAUGGGGGUCGGUGUCGUGCAACGACAAGGUACUCAAUGUAGUCGACAUUACGGACAUUCCUGAUAGCGAGCUGCCUCCGAGUAUAAAAGAAAUUGAAAAAGAAUGCUGGGUACGUGCCUUGCAUUAAACACACAAUGACUUUUCAGCAUUACAGUAUUAUGUUUAGCAUUAUGCUCUUGCAGCACUGCAUAGUAAAAUGCUUUUACAGUAUUAUAUGUUGUAGAAAAUGGAUGUAGAUGACAAAUACUGUGUAGAUAACCUGGACAGUGACGAUACGAUUCUUGUACCACGGCGAAACCCCAUUUAUUACACGCUAAGCGUCACCGUGUACAGGUUUUGUUGUGGAGGUGGUUAUGAAUGCGAGGGUGACGGUGGCAACCGAUGCUCUUAUUUUAUAUAUGAUCAUGAGACUGGGUAGGUAACAAUACAUGUUAGCAAAAAUAAAUUUAAACUUACUAAACUUACGUUCUAAAUCUUUGUAUCUUAUUAUAAACUAUAAUAUACGCCCAUGUCAAUUUCAGUGUUGACUUCUACAUUGACGAUCAAGUAGAAUGGACGUCGGAUAAGCACAAACGGCCCGUUUAUCUGAUUCCGACCAUCACAGUGGAUGAUCAAUUCACUAAUAAAACAAAACAUAAUGUCACAACUCCACGUCCGCCAGUAACGGUAACAGCAUCGCCGCCCUCCGGCUGUUACAGCAACUUUUGGUUUUAUUUUAAGGGGUGGUUUUAG